AUGGCCCUCCUGCUGCCUCUGCUCAUGGCCCUGGUGCCACUCAGCUGGGGCCCUGCUGGCUCUCUGGGCUGUGUCCUGCCUCACAACCACGUCCUGGUCAGCAGGAGGAACCUGGAGCUGCUGGGCCAGAUGAGGAGAGUGUCCCCGUUGUCCUGUCUGCGGGACAGAAGAGACUUCGGCUUCCCCUGGGAGGCGGUGGCCGACGGCCAGUUGCAGAAGGCCCCGGCCCUGUCUGCGCUGCACGAGAUGCUCCAGCAGCUCUUGCAGCUCUUGCUGAGAGAGGGCUCGGCGGCCGCCUGGAGCCCGGCCCUCCUGGAGCCGCUGCGCACGGGGCUGCACCGGCAGCUGGAAGACCUGGACUCGUGUUUGGUGCAGCUGAGUGCAGACGAGGGCUCUGCCCCUGGCCUCUGGGGCUCCACCGUGGCCAUGAAGAGGUACUUCCGGGGCAUCGCUCGCUACCUGAGAGAGAAGAAAUACAGCGAGUGUGCGUGGGAGGUGGUCAGAGUGGAAAUCUUGAGAUCCCUUGCUGCUUCCACCAAAUAUCAAAGUCCCGGGACUGUGCCUGGCUGCCCCCAGCGCAUCCUCCAGGACUUCUGGCCCCUGGGGUCGCGCCCGCCCUCACCCGGGGCCUUCCCGGGACCGCGAGGCGCUGCAGCUGUGCCCGCGCCUUGGCUCACAAUUCGCACUCACGGCGCGGAAACGUCCGAUUCUGCGCGAACCAACAACCACGCCCGGAUCCUCAGUCUCCCCUCUCUCAAAAACCCCAACAGUUGCCUAAAAACGGUUUUGCUGGCGUUUCCGGGAGAGUCAAGCACCGAACCAGGCGGAGAGCAGCCGGGCAAUCGUAGCGAUGCGCGGGCGAUGCGCAUCUGCCCGGGCGAUGCGCCGGCGAAGGAGCUGCGGCGGCGGCCGCGGCGGCGCUGGGCUUCAGUGCACUAUUAA